AUGUUAAGGAUACACUAAGUAAUUUAUUAGAUAAUAUUGGACAUUAAAUAAAAGAAAAUUAAAACGAAUUAAAUUACAACAGAUUUAUAAGGAUAAAUCGUAAAUUUAGAAGAAGACAUUCAAAUUCUAUCAUCAAAUUAUAAAGAAAUUUAAGAGUUCAAUAUUCCUGCUUAAAGUAUAGAUAUGAGUAAAUUAUCUUAGUUUUUGAUUCAAUAAAGGAUAUAAUUAUAAAGUUCUUAACUUUUUAAUUAAAUUAAUUAAUUAAUUGAAAAUAUAGAGCAAUAAUUAUUAAUUAGCUAAGAUUCAAAAAAUAAAUAAAUUGAAGAAUAUGUAAAUUAUUACUAUUAUUUAGAAAACAUCAUCUUUAAAUUAAUUAUGUUCUAAACAUAAUUAUUAAUUUAUAUCUGUUAAUUUAAUUUAAAUUAAGUCUAAAAAUGAAAACUUGAAUAGAUUGGCUUGUAUUAAAUGUAUUUAAGAGAUUCCUAUUUAAUAUGUUACAUUAAGUGAAACAAGUAAGAGAUGA